GAGGGGGGGGGGGCAGGAAAAGACGGGGGCGGCCGUCAAGACGGAAGAAGAGGAGGAGGAGGAGGAGGAAGGGCGGCCGUCAAGACGGACUUCCUGUGGGACAAGCGCACCGGGCUGGCGGCCAAGAGGAUGCCUCACUCCAGAAGGUGCCGCUCCUCGGAACGCAGCAGCCGGGGCAGCUACCACGAGCGCUACAGAAGCCGCAAGCACAAGAGGCGGCGGAGUCGCUCACGGUCAAGCAGCAGCGACCGACAGCAUCGGCGGGAAGACAGCUAUCACGUCCGAUCCCGGAGCUACGGAGGCCACUCGUCCGACCAGCGCGCCUACGACCGGAGGUACUGCGACGGCUACCAGCAGGAUGGCUACAGUCGUGCGCGGGGCGAAGCCUACUACGAGGCGGAGUACCACCACUCCUACGAAUACCAGCACUCCCGGGAUCGAGACUGCAGCUACCGCAGCUGCAAGAGCAGCCGGCGGAAGCGCCGGCGGAGACGCCGCCGUAGCCGCUCCUUCAGCCGCUCUUCAUCGCGGAGUCAGCAGAGCAGCCGGCGGGCCAAGAGCGUGGAAGACGACGACGAAGGCCACCUCGUCUAUCGCGUCGGCGACUGGCUCCAAGAAAGAUACGAGAUCAUCAGCACCCUCGGAGAGGGGACGUUUGGAAGAGUGGUCCAGUGUAUCGAUCACCGCAGGGGCAACACCCGCGUGGCUUUAAAAAUAAUCAAGAACGUGGAAAAGUACAAAGAAGCGGCCCGGCUGGAGAUCAACGUCCUGGAGAAGAUCAACGAGAAGGACCCUGACAACAACAACUUGUGCGUGCAGAUGUACGACUGGUUCGACUACCACGGACACAUGUGCCUGUCCUUUGAGCUCCUGGGUCUCAGCACCUUCGACUUCCUGAAGGAUAACAACUACCUGCCUUAUCCCCUGUACCAAAUCCGGCACAUGGCCUACCAAGUCUGCCAGGCAGUGAAAUUUCUUCAUGAGAACAAGCUCACGCAUACGGAUCUGAAGCCCGAAAACAUCCUCUUCGUCAACUCAGAUUACGAGAUGACCUACAACCUGGAAAAGAAGCGAGACGAGCGAUGCGUCAAGAACACGUCCAUCCGGGUGGUGGAUUUCGGCAGCGCCACGUUCGACCACGAACACCACAGCACCAUCGUCUCCACGCGACACUAUCGGGCACCCGAGGUGAUCCUUGAGCUUGGCUGGGCCCAGCCGUGUGACGUCUGGAGCAUUGGCUGCAUCGUCUUCGAGUAUUACAUGGGAUUCACUUUGUUUCAGACUCACGACAACCGCGAGCAUCUGGCCAUGAUGGAGCGGAUCCUGGGACCCGUCCCAUCCCGCAUGACCCGGAAGACCAGGAAGCAGAAAUACUUCUAUCACGGUCGGCUGGACUGGGACGAAAACACCUCCGCAGGGCGCUACGUACGGGAAAACUGCAAACCUCUUCGGAGGUACCUGGCGUCCGAGGCGGAAGAGCACCACCAGCUGUUCGACCUCAUCGAGGGCAUGUUGGAAUACGAGCCGGCCAAGCGGCUCACGUUGGCCGAGGCCCUGAAGCACCCUUUCUUCAACCCUCUCAAACUCCAGCCGGUCCCCAAGCCCUGGGACGCCAGCCGGGACAUCAGCCGGUGACCAGCCCGGGAGCGGCCCUCCGCCUCUUCCGUCUCCUCGCCCCCCGCCCGUUUGGCCCCUGUGGAGGCCCCUGAGACUCUAUGAUGGUGCAUUUUGGUGCUUUAUAAAAACAGAAGUAACACAGAAGAGUUUCCUGGCGUGACUUUGCUCUGGGUGCCCUUUUGUUAUCAUCGUGUAAAGCUUGUGAAUAUGUGAGAUAGUGUACAUGUAACCCACGGCGAGUCCCGAGGGAUUCCCGAGUCCCUCCGCCCCAAAUCCUGUAAAAGCGAAUCCCUUGGUCUCGUGCCCCUCUCUCCCGGAUUCUGCUGUACAUACCCCUAGCCCCCUCCCCGUUUGCAGCGCCCUUUCCCCGUCCCACUCUGUAAGUUAUAAGGCUGGUGGGAUGUCCCCCUCCCCGAGGAAUUAUUUUUGGAUAAUAGCCCAUUCCAGCGCCAGAAUUUUAUAUGGAUUUUGUACAGUCUUUGUGAGAAAUAAACUAUGACAUGAACUAA